CGCAGAGCCGGCGGGAUGUGCGGGCGCACCGCCUGCUCCCUGGCCGCCGACAACCUCCGCCGGGCCUGCGCCUACCGCGACCGCCGGGGCCGCCGCCGCCAGCCCGACUGGGUGCGGGGGGAGCGGUACCAGCCCUCCUACAACAAGGGCCCGCAGUCCAGCGGCCCCGUGCUGCUCUCCCGCCGCCACCUCCACCAGGAUGCUGACUCCUCGGAGCGGGUCCUCAUGGACAUGCGCUGGGGCCUGGUGCCCUCCUGGUUCAAAAAUGACGACCCCUCCAAACUGCAGUUCAACACCUCCAACUGCCGCAGUGACACCAUGCUGAAAAAGACCUCCUACAAGGGUGCUCUCCUCAAGGGCAAGCGCUGCGUGGUCCUGGCUGAUGGCUUCUACGAGUGGCAGCAGCAGCAGAGUGGGGGGAAGCAGCCGUAUUUCAUUUACUUCCCACAGACCAAGGACGCCGUGGAUGAGGGGACGGAGGGAGAUGAGGAGUGGAAAGGAUGGAGGUUGCUCACCAUGGCUGGAAUUUUUGACUGCUGGGAGCCACCGUCGGGAGGGGAAAUGCUGUACACUUACACCAUCAUCACUGUGGAUGCCUCCAAGGACGUGAGCUUCAUCCAUCACAGGAUGCCAGCCAUCCUGGACGGGGAUGAAGCCAUCAGGAAAUGGCUGGACUUUGCUGAAGUGCCAACUCAAGAAGCUGUUAAACUCAUCCAGCCCACAGAGAACAUUGUUUUCCACCCAGUGUCCACCUUUGUCAACAGCAUCCGCAAUAACACCCCCGAGUGUGUUGCACCCAUCGAGCUGGGGGCCAAGAAGGAGGUCAAAGCCACCCCAAGCAACAAAGUGUUGCUGGGCUGGUUAAAAAACUCGCAGGAAGGCUCUCCCCAGAAGAAAGAAAACGAUUUGCCCAAGUGGAAGAGUCAGUUCAUCCACAGCCCUUCGCCCAAGAAAACCAGCGCAGAUAUCCUGCAGCAGUGGCUGGGGAAGCAGGGAGAGCCAGCUGCGAAGAAGCGCAAGGCCUAGGCACCAGCUGGGAUGGUUGUCCAUCCUUGAUCCGCUGCUCUAGGUUGUUGUCUCUGUUCUUUGUGUUUUGUUAAAAGUUGGCAUUCGUCUUUAAAGAUUUUGUCUUUGUCUUGUGCUGACGGGAGUGAAUAUAACCUCCUGGCUUCCCUCCCUGCCAGUCACUCGUGCCAAACACAGAUAAAGCCCUGAGAAGCAUCUCAGUCUGCCAGGGAGGAAUAGCUUCUGCCUCCUGUCAGUGUUCAUAGUUCAGGUCUCCUUCUGUUUGCUUUUCUCUUCCCUUUUUUUGGUAUUAAACCGAUACCUCUUUUCCACUUAAUUCCACACUGAUUCUGUACAAAUUCCUUUCCAAUACUCUCUCCCUCAAAAGAUGGCUGCAGUAGAGAGAAACAAGAUGUAAAUAUUAUAAGGAAACUCCAGGCUGGGAAGAUCUGCCAGAGCCAUCCCGCUCUGCACCAGCAUUGCCACGUACAUCCAUGGCUCCUAAACAGGGAGAUAUUUAGGCAGUGCCUGGGAGGAAUUGCACUUUGCUUGGCUUUCCCUACGGGCAGCGGGGUGGAACAGUGUGUCUCAGUCACGUUGUUUGUACAGUCAUUUUGUUAAUGGGAUUUGAAGACUUAGAGAGGAUUUCCUUGAUCUGUGGAGGGAUGCACUCUGCCUUGUUCAUAAAGGUCAUUCAUUAAAGCCCAGAUAACCAAAGUGCCAUUACAGAGCAGCAUAGGGCUGUUGUUUUUGAGGUCAGGGAUUUUGUAAACACAGCCAGAUGUUACAGACCAAAAGCCUUACACGGUGAAAUCCUUGCUGGAAAUCAGUACUUCCUUUGUAUUGGAAACAAUAAAAUGGGCUUCACUGGCUGACUGUGCA